GUCAGAUCCUGUCAGAGCCUGUCAGAGCCCGACAGGAUGCAGACACCAGGAGAGAAGGACGUAGAGUGCGCGUAUGGCCAAAUGGAGGGACUGCGUUGCAAAAGGACCGGUGUCGAAGGGAACGAUAUGACUCGUCGGAUGGAUAACAAUUUCCUGAGGACAAGAUCGGGGUCCAGAUCGUUAUUGGGGAGGCCGCAACAUCUUUCCUGCUAUGAUUUGUGUCCCACUGCAUAUAAUGUGUUCUGCCUUGCGAAGUUCGAUUGUUGGGAGCGAUUCGCACCUAUUGGCAUCCUGCUUGGAGGUUUUCUUGGAUUGUUAUUUUGUUGUUGUGUUAUUACCAAGUUGUGCGGGUGUUUGGGGUCCAUCCUGCAUUGUUUUGCAUCCGUGUUUGAGCUUCUGUUCAACCUCUUGAAGUUUGUGGUGAAAGUUGUUGAAGUGGUAUUCAAAGUAUUGGUGGGCACUUGCAAGUGCUUGGUGAAUUGCUGCAAGUGCAUGAUCAAGUGCGGAAAAUGGUGUCGUGGGCAUCCUGUGGAGGACGGAAGCGAUCCAGACACUAAGAGGAAGGCGAGGCGGCAAAAACGGAAGGGCCACGGAAAGGACAGUGCAAAAGGAACCGCAAGGAAGAGGAGUCCGAAGAAGGCGAAACGAGGGAAGGAUGAUUCGGCGGCCAAGAAGGGAGCACGUGGAACAAGGGAGAACAAAAAGAAAACUGGGAAAGGGAGGGAGGACAGGAAGAAAGCAAGAAAAGGGAAGAAGGUUGAGAGUGAGGACACAGGGACUGAUGAUGAUGAAGAUGAUGGUAGUGAUGAUCACGAGGAUGAUGAUGAAGAUGAUGAGAGUGACGAUGACGAGGAACAGGAGGAAGACGAGGAUGAUGAUGAUGAUGAUAAUGAUGGUGGCAGUAAUCGUCAUAAGAAGACAAAGAACACAACGAAAAAGAAGAAGACCAAGGAGUUGGAUGAGGCCAAAGGUCAGGACAAGGCAAAAAAGGCCAAGGGUAAGAAUAGAGAACCGGGGGAUAGAAAAGGCGGAAAAGCCAAAGUGCAUGGUCAAUUAGAAAACCAGGCAUAUAUGCCAUACUCAGUUCAGGAAAUGGGUUUUCCGACGGGGCAUCCACCAAGUGCUGCUGAAUAUAACCUAGCUCAACUUGGACUAUCCAACACGGCUAUUGUGGUACCGAACGAAUGGCAAUCCGGUCCGUACCAGAGCGGCUGGGAAUCGUCUUUCAGUCCCAACACCUGGGCUCCUCAUGCUGCAAGCAAUUACCAAGACCCUACAUAUUUUGUUGGAGCAAGCGGUGAUGAUGGGACCGGGAUGUGGACAGGCGGUGGCACCUGGUUUACAGAGGAGCAGAUCCUGAGACUGUCUGGAACAGAAAUCACGGUUUACCUAAACAUUGAGACUGCAAGACAUGAAAUGGCAAGCUGUUUGAUGCAUCCUGGGCCGCUGUGCUCUCUUGCAGGGCACUUGGUCCCUGCGGAUGCUUAUGGACAGCAUUUGAUGUUCCAGCUGGCACCAGGGCGCAACUUCCAGUUGAAGGCUUGCAACAUCCAAGGGCAAUACGAGCCGCUGUUUCCACCGCUGGCCAUAAAUGAGUCCGCCUUUGCACCAAUAAUGACGCUGCAAGAGGCGACCCAGAUGGUAUCAUCAAGUCCUGCAGGAGAGUGCUUGAACUGACAGGUCUCCCAACUGGAUAUGAAGUUAUAAGAGGUGCAUGGAAGAGUAAGCAGAGGGAAUCGGAUGGCAGGCCAAGCGCGUUCGGUCUACGGAGCCAGCUGCUUGCAAGGGCCAAAGGAUGAUGUGACACUUGGAGAGGGACAUGCUUGCAAAUGGAUCAACCUGGAAGGGCAGACGUAAACCUCGGUGACAGGACAAAAGGGCAACUUGGUAAUAGAGGAACAGCUGCAAAGUCUUAGGGUCUGGCGUGAGUUUAUCUGCAUUUCAGGUCUGGGACCUGUCCGGUAGGCAUAGACGCAUAGCACACCUGGGACUAUGAUACGAGUAAAAGCGCAAAUACACACUAAGACUAUUUUGACAGGAUCUAGCUGGAAUCGAGCCCAGAUUCAUGCUCGGAAGUCCUCGUGUGAGUAUGCCCUUACUCCCUACCAUGACUACUGCUCCUGCUACUACUACUGCUACUACUACUGCUACUACUAGUAGGGUCAUACUCACACUCCUACUUUUUGACAGAAUCUUACUACAGUUGCGCCUAGAUACAUUGCAAAAACAUCGAGCGAGUGUGGGUUCAAAAUGGUAACCCCUCUGGUGCUAUCUUCGUGCUUGGAAAGCAUGAACCUGCCCAUAAGCGUGGUCAAGUUCGUCCUGUGCUAGCAUGACACAGAUCGUGAGUUCACCAGCGGGGCCUGGACCUUCCUACUGCUAAAACUACCACCUUCCCCCGAACACAACGCACCCCAUGAUGACUGUAUGUAUAUGCAUUCAUGAUGGAGUGCGUUGUGUUCGCGGGAAGGCUGUCGUACAACUGCCAGCACUACUUGUAUUACAGUGGGAUUACACAAUUACGCUGUGACACAAUCACUUCGUUUAUCUUGAAGGAGGUUGGUCACCAGAAAACUGGUUUCUUUCGGCUGGCCAGAGAGAGUCGUCGUGACCAACGCCCAGAGAAUAUGUCGACGACGGCGCAGCACUUCGUGUGUUGUCCUCUUACGCACGGCGCAAUAUAACCAAAUAGUUGCUUCGCCAAUGAAGGAUUUUUUUUUCUUUUUUUUUUCAAUGAAGGAUUUCGUGCAACAGAAUGAAUCAAAGAAAAGAAC